AUGGCCUCAGAAGCUCCCUGGAAGGCCAUCGCUCGCCGCAAGCAAGCCGAACGCCAAUCGCGAAUUCCAUCUGCCUGGGUCCUAAAAUCAUGUCCCUCUUCUGAAACACUCGAUGUACGCUCUGUUCCUCGCACCUGCGGUAUCCUAACCCAGAGCGAGGUAUCGAUAACCGAGAAGUACGAUGCUACAGCUCUCGCUGACGCCAUUCGUGCUCGAUCCCUUACUGCCGAACAAGUCACAGUCGCUUUCUGCAAACGCGCUGCUAUUGCUCAGCAACUAUGUAACUGCUUGACGGAGAUAUUCUUCGAAGAUGCCAUUGAGCGUGCGAGGUUCCUCGAUAACGAAUAUGCGAGGACGGGGAAAACAUUAGGACCAUUGCACGGGGUGCCGAUCUCGUUGAAGGAUACGUUCAAAGUCAGGGGAUAUGAUGCUAGUAUCGGAAUUGCAAGCCUGGUAGGGAAACCUGCGAAGGACAACUCCUUGCUAGUGGAUAUUCUGUUAGAAAUCGGUGCAGUAUUAUAUUGCAAGACGAAUGUGCCACAGGCACUGUCUGCUGUCGAUUCUGACAAUAAUGUGUUUGGCCGGGUGCUGAAUCCAAGGGAUCGACGGCUCACGGCUGGUGGAAGUUCAGGAGGCGAGGGCGCCUUGGUUGCGAUUCGAGGCAGUGUCCUCGGCGUUGGGACAGACAUUGGAGGCAGUAUCAGGAUACCUGCCAUGUGUAAUGGCUUGUAUGGAAUCAAGCCCAGUGAUCAAAGAGUCCCAUUCGUUGGGCAAGAAGAUGGUUCUAGAGAGGGCUUCAGCAAGCUCGGAUUGAAGGCAAGUGCUGGCCCGAUUGCCGUGAGUAUGAGGGAUUGCGAGCUGUUCUUACAAGCAGUGUCGGAUGCAAGGCCUUGGGAACGAGAUCCGGCUUUGGCGUAUGGGUUAUGGAGCGAACAAGGUUCAAUGCAGAAACAACCGAUCUUUGGUGUCCUCAGGACUGAUGAUUUGAGUACCCCUCUCCCUCCAGUCAGUAAAGUCUUGGAUGAGACAGCCCAGCAGCUCCGAAAAGCCGGUGUUGAAGUUGUGGAGAUUGAUGCACCGGCAUUCCAGAAGUGCCAGUCUCUCGCGAACAAGUUCUUCGGUAUCGACGGAGCAAAUACGAUGCUCGAUCUCCUUGAGGCAAAUCAAGAGCCGCUCACAAAUUGGCUUAGCACUCGCAUGCGCCGAGGCAAGCAAGCGUCCAUGGACAAGCUUAUCGAGAUUCAUGCCCAGAAAAUCAAGUUGGAGACUGAAAUGUUGAAGAUCUGGAAGGAUCCCACGACUGGCAGACAGAUUGAUGCUAUUAUCUGUCCUGUGGCUCCCCACCCUGUACCCCCGAUAGACCGAUGGAACAGUAUCAGUUAUACGAGCAGUUUUGUUCUAUUGGACUAUCCUGCCGGCACUCUACCUGUGCGAGAUUUCGACGAGGCGGACUUGAAAGGGGAGCUAGCUGAUGCCAAACCCCUCAAUAGCUAUGACAAAGUCAACAGGGAGCUAUGGGAUAAGCAAACUAUCGAUCGAACAUUAUAUCUCAACACGACGCAUUCUGUCCAGAUUGUUGCUCCGAGGCUACAGGAAAGGCGGCUAUACCAUGCCAUGUCUUAUAUAGACAGGGUUCUGCAGACCAGUGGAGCUUCUCGAGCUAAUUUGUAG